AUGACGGCCAUCAACAACGGCAUGAGUUCACCGUCCAAAGGUUCACCAGUUACCAACAAUGAUAGCAGUGAUGCUGGAAGCAUGUUGGGAGAACCGGUACCGCAACAACAACAGAUACUACGUCAAAAUAAAGGGCUAAGACAUUUCAGCAAACAAGUGUGCGACAAAGUAGAACUCAAGGGAGUGACAACCUACAACGAGGUUGCCGAUGAGUUGGCAGGAGAUUUUGCGGCACAAUUGAAAGAGCACGGUGGGGAUAAAAAGGAAAUUAGGUGGCUAGGAUUACCUGGUCAAAAGGUUGGCACGAAUUCAGCUUCGUCGUCUGGGACGACGGAAGUCGAGAUAGAUAGGCAAAAUUCUGAAAUCAGAGAAUUGGAGAGGCAGAAUCGACGUCUGAGUAAGCAAGUGGACGAGGCCAAAAUCGCCUUUCAAGACAAAAUAGCUCGCCAUCUUCACAUUCGAAAUCUAAUGAAGAGAAACAGACAGCGUCACGAUCCUUAUCGAGUUUCAAGUAAGGUGAAAUCUGAAAAGGAAAUAUUCCUUCCCUUCAAGUUAUUACACUGCCCCAGAGGAACCAUCAUCGAAAGUCGGACUGCUCAGGACGGGGUUUCUCAAAUCCUUUCGUUUCAACCACAUCAACCCACCAUAAUCGGAGACUCACAUGUUUUACAGUAUCUCGGCAUGGACAAGAUCUCGACGGAGGACAUGCACCAGUGGAUUAAACCCGAAUAUUUAAAAUGGAUCAUCACCAAACAAGGUGAUGACGGAGAUUAUCGUAUAUGCUGUAAACAGUGA